AUGCCACUCACGGAGCUGGACCCUAACAUCAGCGGCCGGCUGAGCCGUGCCUCUAACAUGUCGUCAGGCUCGAGAGGUACGCGGAGAUCGACUCAGCCACAGUCCGACUUGCUCUCGACCGGUGUCAUGAACAUGCUUCGAACCUCGACCGAGCUCGGAGACAUUGGCGGCGUGUCUAGCGGAAUUCCGAGCGGCUCGUCCUUUGGGAAGCCUGCAAGGGCGUCACAGGUGUCUCGACCAGCCCAUCGCCGCCGCAGCAACAACAACCACACCUCACGUGUUUCUCUCGGCUCCAACCAGACGCAAACUACGAACGGCAUUUCCAGCAAGCAUCGAUCUCGCCCUUCGACUUCUUCCGUCCCUCACAAGUCCAUUACAAACAGCCUUAAUGUUCCUCAGUUCCUGCCAGAUACGGUAUCGCCCACCAUGAUGAACCUGCCAGGCACAUCCCCUCUGGUUCCUCCGGCGCGCCUCUCCAAAGAAGGGCGGUCGUACUCCUUGACAAACCACUAUGUCCCCCCGCAGAAGUUGUCCGCGCCGCGAUCGUUUGCCAGCCUCAGGCACCCCGAGCCUGUCCAGAGGCCACGCUCCCCCUAUCGGUACCCCACUCGCCUCAAGCGUCCGGGCUAUCGUUCUCCUUCUCCCGCGAUGAGCGAUGUCACCAGCGGUCCGCCGAGGCGGUACCAGGGCCAGUCAUCUUUGACGAGAAUCAGAACAUCGCCUGUCUCGCCGUUGCUGCCGUACGAGAUGACUUCUGCACCUUUUCCGCCGGCUUUCCACAAGUCUGCUCAGAGCUCAACAUCGCCGGUCUCGCCUUUGCCUCCCCAUGAGAUGGAGCAGAUUCUCUAUUACAGCCAGCUCAAUAGAUCGACGCCGGCUUUCUCGCACGGCCCUUACACGGCGUCUGAAGUGGCAUUGCGUCGUCCGAUGGGUCCGAAUGGGUCCACCCCGAUGCUAAGACCCACCGCAAGAAGGUCCAUCACUUCGCUGACAAACGGUACUGACUCUGAUGCUCUUUCGUCUGGACCACCUUCCUUGGGACCUCAGACCCCCAGAGUCAGUCACUCUGCUGAGGUCAUGAUCCAACAGGCUGCUUCACCUCUUGCUGGGGCAGAUACUCUCAGCGGUACCGGUGAUGACGAGACUGAUCAAGCCCUAGAGUACUACGACUACAGUGAGCAUUUUGAGAGCAUUCAGAAAGAGCCACCGGUCGCUGAGACCGCCAUGGUUGCUCCAGGUGGUUUUGUGAACCACAUGAAGUCUAUUCUUGGAGAAGACGAGGACGCUGGCCAGCCCCCACAAAUGAUUUACAGUCCACAUACCCCUAGCCCUGAUCUUCUUCCGGAUGUCGCCGAACUAGAAGGCUCGCCUGUUGAGCCUCCCAAGCCAGAACCUGUGGAGCUGCCGGUGCCUUCUCCGAUUCCCAGGAGGAUCACCCGAGAGAUGAUCCUUUCAGUCAUUGAACCCUCAUCUACGGCUAAUGAGACCACUACAACUCUGACUUUGGAUGUCAAAAUUCCCAUGGAAAUGGAUUCCAAGGUUGAAACGAGGACGAAUCAUUCUCCAAGUCCUCCACCAAGUCCAGCGCGGAGCAAAUCGUCUACAUCUGCAGAUUCAAUGUCUACUGCUCAAGAGGAGCAAGAAGACAUUGAAUUGGCGAAUGAUGAGCAAGAAGACGCGUUCCCAAUGAGUGACUUGAAGACGGGCGUCGAAGAAUCAGUACGGGAGUCAAAGGUCAGCUUAGCAGCUCGAUUUUCGAUUUCGGUGGCACAAGACUCUGUCGAAUCCACGGACACUCUCUCGAUCGAAGAUGCGGUAGAUACGGAACCACAGGUGAAAUUGGAGAUCCCAAGCGAGUCUUCACAGGAGACGCCAAAAUCAACAGAGAAGUCCCCUGUAGCACCCAGUUCGCUGUUGAAAAGCCUUAGUCCUGCAGCUGUGUCAGCAAGGGCCAAGUCCAUGUUUUUGACACCGAAGCAAUCAGCCGUGGACGUCAAGGCGAGGAUCUCCGCUCCAAACCUUGGUACCCAUUCACCUGGGCCAAGUCCUCUCGGGCUUCCUGAAGAAGCUACUGACCUGUCUCUUCUUCCGUCGGCAAACAACUCGCACCUCUGCGUUCAGAAGGACCCUCUCGAAGUGACGACGCCUAUUCAGCUCAAGCCUCAGCAGGAAGAGCUGGCUCCGGUGUUUGAGACGCCGUUAGCUACACCUAUCACCUUUACGACAGACGAGUCUACCCCGGGAAGCGCAACUGUCCAGUCAACAAGCACACACUCCGUUCCAGCCCGAUCCUACAGCUCACGCGAGAGCGCCAACACAACUACGCACUUGGUCUGGCCCGUGAGGAAGACGUCCAUGCAGUCGUUCGAGCCGAACGAGGAGCAUCCUCCACGCAAUUCAAGUUCUUUAGCCAGCAAUACCAUUGCACAGGACCUGAGACUAUCCAAUCCUCCGAGGUACCCGAGCCAGUUGUCCGAUGUGAAGGAAGAAUCCUGCGAAGAAAGUUGCUCGGACCUUAGCAAACGGCCCUCUACACGAGUAUCCUCGAACAGGAUCUCCACUAACUUCAAAUUCCCUCUCUCGCGUGUUGUUGACGAAGACACGAGCUCAUCAGAUCUUGAUAGAAGGACAUCGGCGAGCUUCAAGAUUCCCGUGGCUCGAGGUUCCGUUGCUUCUGCGCAAGGCACUUCCCUUGACUCGUUCUUCGUAGCUCGAGCGUCAUCUGUGAGAGCAUCGAAUACUUCUGUCUUCAAGUCGCCAAAGCGUGGGACGCUUGCGGAUACCCGUUUGAUCCCUUCUAUGCAUUUCAGCCAGAUGGACUUGGUCGAAAAGCUGCAUGAUGCGUUUGGCGAUCGGUCUACGCUAUCUUUGGAUGGAGCUCCUGUCGAAAUCAAGCCUGAUUUUCUUGACACGGAAGUGUCUCUUGGGCCCAUCAGGGAGAAGUACCGGAGUUUCUUUGCCAGUCUGGAUGAGACUGGCCACCGUCCUGACUUUCGCCCAAAGACCCCGGAAACCGUGGAUCAGGAGCCCGUUGAAGUAAAGGAUGAAGUGGAAGACGGCAAGCCCGAGGUCAAUCCACCUAUCAUCGUUGAGCCGGCCCGGUCGGACGCAAUGUCAAUAACCUCGAAGCCAUCCACUGUGUCCAAGACUAGACCUUACUCACCUGAAGAAUUCGUCACCGAGGUGGAAAAGCUGCAGAUUCCGUCGGUAGCUGGCUUGACCCAGCGCCUCUCCGAACUACUUCCAUCCCUCAGGAGAUAUAGCAGCUCUGAAGCAGUGAACGAAGCGAUACAGGACGGCCAAGAUAUCGAGAAAAUCAUCGAAGAUCCGGAACUCAAGUCGGACGUCGAUGAAAUCCGCCACUUGGGAGACCGACCCGGCCUUUUGAACAACAUGAGAUCAUGUUGCCGUUUGAGAGCGAUGCCCGGCAGGACAACGUUGGUGCUUGUCGAUGAUGACGUCUAUGAAGAACUCACGCAAAGAACCAAGGGCAAUCAAAAUGACAAGAACAUCCCGGGACCACGGGUGGAGGAGGUCAAGGAUAGCGACAGCAGCAACAAAUCGUUCAAAAGCGCAAGGGAAAGGAAAGAUUCUGUCUCAACAGCGGAUGAUCUCAAGAUCAGCCAGCCUUCCUUGGCGGAGCUUGAGGCCCCGGUACCCGCUCAUAUUCGUCAAAAGUCAACGACUAGCGCUACUUCUGAUGUGCAGAGUCCUCCGGCAGCGCCUGAAGAAGCAAAGCCAUGGGACAUAAGCAUGAAGUUCCCUUGGAACGAGAGCACCACGGGGAUCGAUAUUACAUUUCCAGUGAAGGCUCACGUACGGGCCCGCUCAACUGCAUCUCGCCCUUCGAAAUUGAGGGUGCACUCUCCAGCUUCUUCUGAGUACUCGACGGCUACAGACGGCCAAGGUAGAAAGGGUUCUGGGGAAAGGCAGAACAUCACCCCGGAGAGCACUGAGACUCAUGACACUUUCAAGCACAGCCGCAAAGGCAGUCACCGUCCCUGUGCGAGCGUCAUGGGCUCCGUCACGCGGAAACUCGGACUCACUAUGGGACUCGAUGGAACCAUUCGCACAAGCGUCUCUCUGGACGAAUUUGCCCAUGACCCUGGAGACCGCUAUCCUACGAGUGGGCUCACACCGCCGUCGCGGUUCAACCUUGACGAUGUUCGGAGCUUCUUCUCGGACGAUAGCUCGCAAACCCGGCGUGGAGGCACCUUCCGCAAGCGUCUCACUCAGCUGAGGUCGAAGAUUGGACCUCCAGCGACUCUGUCUCGCGCACAUUCGGCCGUGGAGUCUCGCACGGCUGAGCGCGCUGCAGGCGCCUCAUCCGAGGGUGAAAGUUCCACAGGUAACACGACGGACUCUCGGGUUGGUGCAGGGGGAAGUGUCCAGACAUACGAUGGUGCGACCGGCAUGCCCAAGUCUGAAUUCCGUACCAAACGCUUCUUCGACAGGAUCAAAAGCAUGUGGUUCCGCAGCGGAGAGUUCUUCAAGAGCAUCGGAGCAAAGAAGAAGAUUGAGAGACAGGAAGCCCGAGCAUGGCUGCAGGAUUCGGACGUCAAUAUGACCACGCCGGUUUCCUAG